UAGCUAUUAGUGUGAUUAUUGUGAUCUAUUAAGACACGAACACCGAAAUGUUGUUGAUGUUACUGUCGUGUAUUAUUAGCGAAAAAUACUAAUACGGUACCUUGAGAUGUUGUGUGAAGUCAAUUAUAUGAAAAAAAAAUGCUCGAUUUUUUCUAAUGCCGGAUUAUAUCAACAACGCGAGCUCAGUAUUCGGAACGGAAUAUUUGAAACCGCUUAUGUAUUUAAUUGAUUCGUUACCUCUUAUUUAAGUUGCCAUUUGGUGUACACGUUAUCUGACGUUGAAUUUUGAGUGCUGAGUAAAAGUAGCUGCCAUCGCCUGAAUUUCCCAAAAUCAUUAACUAGUUAUCCAUGAAUUUUAUUAAGCAGUUGAGGGAGUUGAUGCAAUUCUUUCUACCAUGGCCUGAUGUCGUACUGGCUCGCGCAUUCAAGACUGCUUGGUCAUAGUUCCGCAGCAAUCAUGUUUCAUCACCAGUCCUCUUGGUUGAUCCGUUGGUUCUAUUUACUGCGCAAGCUCGCUAUCCAUUCAUCCGCCCGUCCCACAGGCAGCCGCAUCUACUUUUGUCUUGGUCAUCGGCGGUCAUCAUCAUCACUGCCAUCAUUUCGCUAUCGAAAAUUAUCGGCGGCACUAGGCUCGCGUUCGCGAUCAUCGGCGUCAUCAAUAACGAUAACUAAAAAAGUCAUUUCCCGUCAGUGGCCGACGACACCAAGAGCUCCUGUUGAGAUUUCACCUACUCAUUCGGGGCUCCUACAAUCGUCAACGCUAGCUGUCAGGUCGUCUGCUCUCACCAAUGCGUCUAUCCUUUACGAUGUCGACGGUCAUCAUGUUGACAUACAGAGGCGAAGCAAGCGGCAGCUCCAGGACAGAACACAGCUAUCCACAGCAGCCCACACAGCGGGCGUAGCUCUGUUACCCAGAGAGACAGCGUCUACGAUAGCAGACACCCUUAUUAAAAUCGCGACAGGAACAGCAUCAGGGGCUGUAGCAGCAGCACCUGAUAAACUUACCUGUAUCAGAUUACCGCAAACAUCCGUAUCAGUGGUCGAAUAUCGGCCGCAACGUGUUGGCUCGACAGCUGCGGAAGACGGUGCCGUGCAAGAACAACUCAAAACGAGAACGAGUUGCGAUUACAACAGUAGCAGCGCACACGCAGCGAAAACGCGACAUUGUCGAUCCUACCUCUUACAAAAAUCGACAGCGGUGCAGGUGGAUAAUACCAACUGUGGCGGCAACGACGAGCGCAACUUGCUAACCAAAUCGCUUGUUUGGGUGCCGACCUACACAAAAAUAUCAGCAGCGGAGGACGACUUGUUCGGACAGGUAAGCGCAGCUGUAGCGGCAGCAGCGACAGCAGGCGGAAAAGCAACAACUGCAGAGUUUAUCUCACCGCCAGUUAGUAACAGUGCCAAUAGAUCUGUAGUCAUUGGUAACGGUAACGGUUGCGGCAAGCGCAGCGCAAACUGGAGAGGAUUACUACGAGACCCGUUGACAAAAAGGAGUGAGGCUCUAAUUGGCACUGAUAGGUAUCAGAGUGUCGUGUCAUUCGGGUUCUUGAAUUGCCUUAGGCAAUUGUCUACUGUUGGUUCGGAUACUGUACGAACGGCAGGCCGUUCGACUGGUGCGUACAAGGAAUACGAAGUUGUCGACAAGAUCGAAGUUUCCGUCUCCAGCAGCAACGACAAGGACGACAGCAGAGAAAACCGUACUAGCAGCAGGUGCAGCAACAUGCCUAAGCGAACUACGGCACCGGCUGCUGCCGUAGAGUCGGCAUUUCCUGAAGCGGCACUUCUACCCAAACAGGAAACUGGUGCUCAGGCGUUUCUUGCAAAACAUCCGACAUACGAUGGCCGAGGUGUAGUCAUAGCUAUUUUCGACACCGGCGUUGAUCCCCGAGCAGCUGGACUUCAGGUCACGACCGAUGGAAAGCCAAAGGUUAUCCAGAUGUUUAAUUCGUCAGGCGCGGGCGAUGUCGACAUGCGGACACAGGUCACCCCGGAAAACGGCAUCAUCAAAGGAAUUUCAGGACGCUCACUACGUAUCCCGGACUCUUGGAUAAACCCGUCGGGUAAGUACCGGAUCGGUUUAAAGUCUGCAUUCGAGCUCUACCCGAAACAACUAAAGGAGCGUAUGCAAAAAGACUACAAAGAAAAGAACUGGUCAGGCCUUCUCCAACGAACUCUCGCAAAAGUUACCAAGAAGCUGCAACGGCUUGAGACGGAUGCACCGAACGAGAAAAUUUUGAAAGAAGAGUUGGAGGCUCGUGUCGAGGUUCUUACAAAGAUGGACAAAAACUAUAUUGACCUUGGACCCGUCUACGACUGUUUGCUAUGGCAUGAUGGCACUUCAUGGAAGGCUGUACUCGACACUACGGAAGAGGGCGAUCUCGAUAAAUGCGAAGUGGUUGGUCCCUACGCGGAAACCCUUAAAGUGUCCGUACUCCUUGCUGAGGAUAAUUUCAGUUACUCAGUAAACGUCUACGAUGAUGGCGACAUUCUUGAGAUUGUCGUCACCGUGGGUGCUCACGGGACUCAUGUGGCCUCAAUAGCAGCAGCCAACUUCCCAGACAAUCCUGCUAGAAAUGGGGUGGCUCCAGGAGCACAGAUUGUAUCGAUUACCUUGAGCGACAAUCGAAUCGGUACAAUGGAGACAGGAACCUCACUCUACCGUGCUAUGGCCGCCGUCAUGAAGAAUGAUAUAGACGUCAUCAAUAUGAGCUACGGUGAAGUUUCAAAAUGGUGCAAGGGCCGUAUUUGGGAGUAUCUCGAAGAGAUGAUCAACAAGCGGGGCGUUACAAUGAUGGUCUCUGCUAAUAAUAGAGGCCCUGCGUUAUCUACGCUGGGUACGCCUCCUACCCAGAAUGCUGUUGGUGUCGGGGCCGUUGUGACUCCUCAUAUGAUGGAAGCAGAGUAUUCUCUGCGCGAGAAAAGCGCCACAGUGGAGUACAACUGGACAUCACGUGGCCCAGGAAUCGACGGCAGACAGGGCGCCACAAUUUGUGCUCCGGGAGCAGCAAUUACUUCAGUCCCGCCGUAUAUGCUACAAGGCAGUCAGCUAAUGAGUGGCACUUCGAUGGCCUCGCCAAACGCAGCUGGCGUUGCAGCGCUUCUUAUUUCGGCCAUGAAACAAAAUGGCAUUAAGGGGUCGCCAUACAUGUUGAAGCGUGCCCUAGAAAACAGUGCCGUGAAAUUUUCCUCGUACGAUCCGUUCACGCAUGGUCAGGGUCUCGUUCAGGUAGAGCGUGCAUGGGAUUGGAUCUUGUCAGUAAAGAACGAAAAGGAAAAUCUGUUGAGAUUCGAAUUGAAGGCGGACGCCAACAUGCGAGGCAUCUAUUUAAGGGAACUCUAUGAGACAUCGUCGCCCCAAAUUAAAAGUAUUCGAGUCCAACCCGUGUUCGUGAAUGAGAAGCAAGUGCCUCAUAAGCUCAAAACUUCGUACGACCAGAAUUUUACUCUAUCAUGCGACGCAUCUUGGGUUCAGAUACCGACAGUGUUAAAUAUGAUGUACCAGGAGCGAAUGAUUUCGAUUAAAGUCGAUCCGACAGGCUUGGAGGAGAACCAAGCCCAUUUCACGCAGAUUGAGGCCUUUGAAUCCGGAAAGCCUGACAAGGGACCCGUGUUUCGUAUUCCAGUCACAGUAAUCAAGCCUCAAAAGCUUCCUACAAAUACGAAUAUGUUUACCGAUAAAGUUGUUCUCCGACCAGGCAUGUCCAAUCGGUGUUUUCUUGUUGUGCCUUCUGGCGCUACGUGGGCUCUCAUCAAGCUGAAGUCACUCGAUGCAGUCAAUCCUGGCCAAGUAUCCUUGCACACCGUACAGUUGGAACCGGAUGCCUCGUUCCUUGACAACAGUACAAAUAAGAUGCCCUACCUACAACCGUUAGGCGAAAUGUCGUGCGCUAUCCCAGUAAUACCUAAUAGGACACUGGAGAUCUGUCUAAACAAAUGGUGGACGUCAUUUGGCGAAAUGCAACUUGCGUGGAGUAUCCAGUUUUUUGGAUUGACUCCGAACAUGACCAACCUUUACAUGGCAUCAGGGGAAGGGCUACGCCGAAUCGACGUGUGUGCUUCACUUGGUCCCGAGGAGGUAAACCCUUCGAUUAGUCUGAAACAGCACGUCAUCGUUCUGAAACCGUCGAAGAGCAAGAUUUCUCCCGGAGAUUCCCGUGAUACGAUUCCUGAAGGUCGAAUUGUGUAUGCUGCGACACUAACCUACGUCCUUAACUUGGUAAAAGGCGGAGAGGCGAUCAUCGGCACUCCCCUGUUGCACAAUUACCUCUACGAAAGCGAAUUCUGCUCACAGUUGUGGAUGCUCUAUGAUCAAAAUAAGCAACUCAUAGCAUCCGGAGACGCGUUUCCUGACCGGUACGCUGUCAAACUAGAGAAGGGCGAGUACGUAAUCUUAACACAAAUUCGUCACGAAGAUCGCACACUUCUUGAGAAGGUCACCCAGGAUCUUUCGCUCCAAGUAAUAAUGAAAUUGGGGUCGACUAUCAACCUAGACGUGUAUUGUUUCGCCGCCCAGGGUAUGAUUCAGGGCAAAAAGGCGUCGGCGAUAACAUUGCCUGCAGGGCAUGUUAAGCCAUAUUACAUCGGACACGUUCCCAGUGACAAACUGCCAAAGGGUGCAGCGUCAGGACACUAUCUACAAGGUACUCUAACCUUAACAACAGACGAACAGGGGAAGUCAGCAGCUACCUUCCCGUUCCGUUAUUUCCUAAACGAGCUCUCAAGUAAAAAGAAGGCCGGCGAUAAGGACAAAGGUGACAAGGACGGUAACGGACAAGCGGCCAAAGAUGCCUUGAAGGACAAGGAUAAUGGAAGUUCUCCGAAAGAGUCUCCGAAAGAGUUUAACAGAGACUAUACCAGUCAUAAUGGCCAGUCGGGUAAGGAAAAAGAAAAGAAGACCACAGAUGAAGAGUUCGAAGAGGCCGCGUGCGAUUUCUGUGCCACACAUUUAGUCCGAACUGGCGGUGCCGCUGUGGACGCGAUGUACCAAGAUCUCAUUAAGAGGAAUCCCCAAGCGAACCAGAUGAUACUUGCUAAGAUUCACUUUUUAGCCAAGAAGGAUAAGGAGCAUGAGGACAAGGACGAGAUGUCGAAACGCGAGGAGGUUAAUAAGCAAAUAAUUGGUUGUGCUGAACAAGUGUUGGUCAAUAUAAAUCCAGAGAAGUUGCUUCUGAGUUUCGGUUGCCGGCAAGACAAGAGCGAUCUGGCCACUUGCAAACAGCUGGAAAAACAGAAGCAGCUUGUUGUGGAUGUGCUGACGAAAAAAGGUGAGGCACUGUGCAAUCUGCUAACUCUCAAGCAGACUCAAUCCCCGUCGUCUGCUCCAGACGAUGCGCUUCGCGCGAAAGUCGAUGAGGUCUACACGGAAUUGCAACGAUGGGUCGAUCCAUUGAAUGAUGUGAAGACAGCAUCAUUUAUUGAGCGAUACCUCAACAUCACGGACCAGCCCGGAAAAUUGAUUCGGCUUCUAAUGCGAAUACAAGAGGAUAAGGCGACGAUUGAGACAGAAAAUAAAUUGCUCGAGGCCUAUAAAAAGCUUAAUUGGCAGCACUGCAUCAAACUGUCGCAGCGCCGUCGGCUCAACAAAUUUUCACCGAUCUAUCGGCCUUUCUAGGUUCCCUUGAAGGUAUAUAAGAAUUUUGUUUGGCUGCCAGUGACCUAACGGACCGGCCUUCACACUAUAUGGAACACGGCUGAUGUCGUCGAAACAUUACUCAACCAAUCAGUUGGCACUGAUCAAAGCCAGACCCUUUUGGCUGGCCACGGAUGGUGGUAUGCAUGAUGAUUGUUAUGACAGUUUGAUUUUUCAUGCGUUUUUUUGUCGUGUCAUAAUGGCACCGGUGAUGUUCCAUCAUGAGUCGUAUAUGCUACAUGUAUAACUUGACUGCUGAAAAAUCGUUGGAGAUUGAAGCACGUAUUCAUAAAAUAUGAGAAAAAAGAGGAGAGGCAUUAGAGCUUAUUUCGCAGUGAGCAGGUUUGUAAAUUGAGAAAAAACCUGUAACAUCUGUGCGACGAACGCCUACAGACGAAAAAUAAAGACGCAUUGUGCCAAUGAGUCAUUUUUCGUGUACAACAUGGUAUUGACGACAGUUUGAAAAGCGUAUGGAAAGCCUAAAAAAACCGUGGCGGGGAUGGAAGGGUGUCGGAUCAGGGGUGUUACUGUCGGGAUAAUGAAUGCAAUUAAAGAUCAAUGGAACUGUGUAUUUCUUAGGCUGAAGGGAACUGGCGUAUUUGGGCUCGUUAUAUUGAAAAAUGUAUGCUAGAGAAAAAGCAAAUUUGAUAACAUGUAAACGUUUAGAGAAAGUGCUUCGAGGGGAAAUUAUAUAGAAUAUGAGCACAAUUGCUCAAAUAGUUCUGUUAAGGAUUUAUGUGUCACCGUAAAACUGAAGGCGAUGAGCACAAUAGCUUGUCGAAUUCUAAGUAAUUCUCUGGUUCGAUCGAUGUCCGCAAGGAGAGCUUAAAGUAGGAAUUAAAUAAAGCAGAAAAAGUGCAAAUGCAACCAAUAAUAUAUCAAAAUGCGAACACAACUUUUGUAUAACAUUGAAUGCACUAUAAGUAUACUGUCCGAAAAAUCAAUUUAACAGCCCCUUAGACUAUUAAUUAAUUCUAGACCACAGAAUGACGAAAAAAAUGAUUUACGAAUGUAGUAAUUUAGACACCAAUAAUGGGCUGUGAAAGAACUGUCGCAGCUCAUUCAUACAGAGGAAAGUUUACAUCAAACAAAAUUUAACUGGGUGAUUUCAAGGUAACUCGCGCUAAUAAAUAUUAAAAUCAAUAUAGAUUUAUUAAAUGCCAUAUAUACAUACACAGACCAUCUAUGCAAUGCAAGUCUGUUAUAUAAAUAAAUAAACUCAAUAAACAGAAGGCUAUUAUC